UACCCGAUUAUUAACCUAAUAAAAGAUGCCGAACCCGCCGCCUCUCUCCUCCCCAGGUCGCCGGCGGUCUUCUCUCGGUUGCUGACCAACGCCAUGAACAAGCAUAGACUUGGACUACACCAUUGGCUGUGCUUCUCCUAUCUCUCUAGAACAACAAAGAGACCUUUUACUGCUUGGCAUUUACCUGCUGAAGCAAUAUCAUGUGCUGUUCCCACAUCCUCCCCAGUUAAUAAUCACAAGACCUUGUGUUUUUCACUUGCAGAGCAGUUAAUACUCCGGGGGUUAUUCGGUUCAGCUCAGAAAGUGAUUCAGAGAAUCAUCAAGCAAUCCUCAUCAGUCUCUGAAGCUAUCUCAGCCGUUGAAUUCUCCAUUUCUCGCGGCGUUGAGCCUGAUGCAACUAGCUACGGUUUUCUCAUUCGACAACUCGUGGCAUCUGGUGAAACCCAAAUGGCUGAGGAUAUUUAUGUAUAUUGCAUUUUGAAGAGAGGUAUUGAACCGAAAGAUAAGUCUUUAUUGAAUUCCAUGGCCAUUUGUUAUUGUAAUUUGGGUAAAUUAGAGGAAGCAAAAUUGCUUUUUGAUAAGCUAUUGGAUAUGAAAUUGAGGCCUUGUAGUAGCACGUGUAAUGCGCUUAUUAAGGGAUUUUGUGGCCAACAUAGAAUCUUGGAUGGGUUUGAUGUUUUUGUAGUGGCUGUUGAUGCUGGAGUAUUACUAAGUUUCGGUUGUUACAAUAGGUUAGUGGAUGGAUUUUGUUGUCGCGGGUCCUUAGACGAGGCACUCUAUGUGUUUGAUGUAAUGUGUGAGAGAGGGGUGUCGCCCAAUGUUCAUUUGUUUAAGACAUUGGUUCUUUCGUUGUGUAAGAGGGGUCGAGUCGAGGAAGCUGAAUUGCUGAGCAUGGAUAUGGAGUCUUAUGGUUUUGUUCUGGAUAAAGUCAUGUACACAACUCUCAUUAACGCGUAUUCGAAGAACAAGAAAAUGAAAAUGGCUAUGAGGGUGUUUCUUAGAAUGCUUAAGUUGGGAUGUGAACCGGAUAAGUAUACUUACAACACGCUGAUGCACGGGUUUUUUAGCUUGGGCAUGUUGGACAAGGGUUGGGUGCUACAUCAGCAGAUGGCUGAAUUUGGAUUAGAACCUGAUGCAGUAAGUUACCAAAUCAUGAUUGGCAAGUAUUGCAAGGAUCAUAAAGUUGAUUGUGCGUUGAUGCUGUUAAAUAACAUGAUUCAGUGCAAUGUUGCUCCAAGUGUGCACUCUUAUACUGCUUUAAUUGCUGCUCUUUAUAAAGAGAAUCGGUUAGCAGAAGUAGAUGUCUUGUACAAUAAAAUGUUGGAUAAUGGAUUGGUUCCUGACCAUGUUUUGUUUUUUACCUUGGUCAACAAUCAUCCGAGAGGGUCAGAGAUUACUCUAGCAUGCACCUUUUUGCGGGCAAUUGCCAAGAAUGGUUGUGGUAUUGACCUUUCUAACAUCCCUAGCCCUUCCAGUCGAAAAGUUACUACAGAUAUCAUGUCUGAUAUUGAUCAUCUCUUGGGAGAAAUUGUGGCAAGAAACUUACCUCUGGCCAAUGUUGCUUUCAAUAUAUACAUGAUUGCUUUAUGUUUAGGAGGAAAACUUGAUUCUGCUCUUCUUUGCAUGGAUAAGAUGGCAAGCCUUUCUCUUCAGCCUUCACUGUCAGCUUAUAACUCUAUGAUCAAGUGCCUUUACCAAAACGGACUACUUGAGGAUGCCAAAUCCUUUGUUGAAGUUAUGCAAGAUCAAGGUCAAGUUCCAAAUCAAGCAACAUUCUUGAUUAUGGUGAAUGAAUACUGCAAACAGGGUGACAUACAAUCAGCAUUUGAAGUUCUGGACCAAAUGGAAGAGAGUGGAUUGAAGCCUAGUGUUUUGAUAUAUGACUCCAUCAUUGGGUGUUUGGGCAGACAAAAGAGAAUAGAUGAGGCCCUUGAAGUUUUCCUGAGAAUGCUCGAGGCUAGAAUUUAUCCUGAUGAAACUAUGUUUGUGACAAUGAUUAAUGCUCUAUCAAUAAAUGGACGAGCUAUUCAGGCCCAUGAGCUCUUCGACAAAAUGUUGGAAGAUGGAGUUCAACCAAGCCACUAUGCUUAUACAGCUCUUAUACAUGGGUUAGUUAAGAAGAACAUGAUUGAGAAGGGCUGUGUAUACCUUGAUCGAAUGAUAGAAGAGGGUUUCAUGCCAAAUACUGUUCUUUAUACUUCUCUAAUAAAACAAUUUUUAAGGAAAAGAGAGUUUGAAUUUGCAUUUAAGUUGGUUGAUUUGAUGGAAAGAAGUGAGAUUGAGCGAGACCUGGUAACCUAUAUUACUUUGGUCAGUGGCGUCUCAAGAAAUAUUAGGUCACUUCAUGGGAAGUGGCUUGUUCCGCAGAAACAGUAUGAGAAAUCCAAGGAAAUGUUGUUCCGUCUACUUCAUCAGAGUGCUAUGUUUUCUAGGGAAAAAUGUUUGAAAAUCUCAAUUAGCUCUCAGGAACAAAUUAAAUUUCUUGCACUUAGGCUGAUAAACAAAGUGAAGAACACUCCCCUAAUGCCAAAUUUGUACUUGUAUAAUGGCAUAAUUUCAGGGUUUUGCUGGGCAGAGAAGAUGCAGGAUGCGUAUAAGCACCUGGAUAUUAUGCAAAGUGAGGGCGUCCAACCAAAUCAAGUUACUUUUACUAUUCUAAUUGACGGGCAUUUCCGAAGUGGCGAAAUUGAUCUUGCUGUUAAUCUCUUCAACAGAAUGAAUGCACAGGGUUGUUCUCCUGAUAAAAUUGUGUAUAACACUUUAAUAAGAGGUCUAUGCAAGCAUGGAAGGCUCAUUGAUGCUCUUUCGAUCUCAUACACAAUGCUCAAAAAAGGAUUUGCCCCUUCUAAGGCAUCAUAUGAGAAUCUUCUCACUUCUCUUUGUGCUAAUAAUUGGAGUGUUCAUGCACUGAAGAUAUGUGAAGAUAUGCUAGCCCAUAAAUAUGUCCCUUGUGGCCAUAAUCUUAAAUUGUUAAUUUGUAUGCUAGAUGAAGAAAAUAAGUCGCAUGAAGCUCGUCUUAUGAAUGAUUUGCUCCUUAACAAAAGAAGAUUUAUGAUGUACACAAGCUAGAGGUUGGUUAUGCAAUCUCUCUGAUAUUGCUGGGCUUCAUCCCCAUACUGGUCCGUGUGCAUGUGCAGGAUACGGACUUUUGUGUGGGGCUAUACGUUGUAGCUUCAGUACCCUCAGAACUCCCUUUGGUAAACUGUUUUCAGCCACUGGCUAUGUGUGUGCAUAAUCCUAUUUGAAAUGCAUUCGUAGCAGAACUCAGGAGGUAAUCUACCUGAUUAUGCUCCAUAACCAACCACUCUACUAAGAGGAUUGUAUACCAUGCCCUCUUUAAAUUCUUGGUCUAACCUUCUUGUUCCAGCUCAAAAGGAACUGUGCGGUUGUUCUUGGCAUGGCCCAUUUCAUUCCCAGCUGAUUAACAAAACAAUUGGCGGACUUGUAAGAUUAUCUUGAGUCAGACAAGCUUCUUAGAUACCAGCCCAACACAAACUUUGACUGGUGCAUUAGCUUACCUUAUCUGCUUCCACGGUCCAAAGUAGUCUGGUUGGUAUCUUUGAGAGGUAUUCUAUAUCAAGAUUUAACAGUGAAGGAGCCAUUUCCUUGACCUUUCCGGAUGAGCUUAUCAUCUGUUGGAACCUUGGAAUGAGGAACGCUGAGAAAAUCGGAGAUACUUCCCAUCUCCCAAUCAGUGAAGGUCCGCCUGAAGUUGAUAUUCCAAUUGUUGUUUUCUCUGCUUUGUGCCAAGCUAUUAUGCAGGUAUGAGCGCAAGUCAGUUCUCCGAUUCUUGGAGACUUCGGAAAACUAUAGGGUGGAACGCUGCUUGCGUUUAUACCAGGAGUAUGGAAUUGUAGAUACAGCUUCUCUCUUGUUAGAAAAGGUUGGUGACAUUGGAAGUGCCCUUUUGCUUGUUGUAUCUUCGCUUGAUGAAAAAUUCAUCCUGCUUGAUACUGCUAUUGAAAGUAAACACUGUGAUGCGGCUCCCGAGCAUGUCAAAGCUAUUUUAAGCAAGAAAGAGGUCACUGACAUGCUAGAUAUUUCGCGCACUUGUAUUGGACUGUACCAGAGGAACAGCCCCCGAUUGGACCCCCCAAUGAAGCAGAGAGUCUGUGGUUUCAGUUUCCUCCCUUUUUUGAUAGAAACUGUAGAAACUAAAUCAUGUUCUGCAGUUCAACUGAAAUUGGUAGAAGGGGGUGUGUACACUUAUGAAUGGUACACACUUCUUGAAGAAGCAACUUUGUUGUGAAAAGACUUGGCAAUGCAAUCCUGUGCAUGAUGCUUGUCUCACACAAAACAACCUGCAGAGAGAGGUGUAUCAAUUUGUAGCAUAUGUUUCAUGUGCAAUAAUGAGGAGGAAAGUAGCGCAUAUAUUUUUUGCAUUUUUUAUUUUGUAGUUUAGCUUCUUUAUUAGUGUAAAUCUUGCUUUCCUUUAGUGCGUUUGUUGGUAAAAUGAAUAAAGAAAUCAAAAUAUACCAAUUGACGAGAGUACAUCGCGGUUCAAAUUGUUGGGCCUGUGCUAAGCACGGCUGCCUCGUCUAGUUUUAAAGUAUUUCAGGCUAACGUUGACAUUAGUGAAACUAUUGACUAUGGUUCAUUA